AUGGUCGGUGUCCCGAGAAGCGGUGGGUGUCAGCUUUGCCGGAAGCGACGAGUCAAGUGUGAUCAGGGCCGGCCCGGCUGCGGGAACUGCCUCAAGUACGGCGUGCGAUGCCCUGGAUUCGAGCGUGGCCUCAAGUUUGUACCCGGCAAGCACCAGAUUCGACCAAAGGGCAAGCAAGGCGAUGGCGAAUGCACCGGUGCCCGUGGGGGCUACGGACAAGACGGGCACAACCUGACGGCGCUCGUGGCCGCGCCGAGGCCGAACCGGGGCCAGUACAUCAGCACCAUGGUCUACACCGUCCGCGCCAGCAUCUCCCUCUCUGACGCGACUGAUUUCUUGUGCUGGAUCGAGCUGGGCAGACUCGGCGCGCGGGCCGUCUUGGACGGCGCCAUGUGCGCCGUCGCCACGCACCUCGUGGGCAAAGAGAGGGCCGAUGAAGCCAUGGUUGUCCACAGCCGGACGAUCUACGGAUGGUCCCUGGCCGCUCUCCGGACCAGCCUGGGGCACGCUACCGAGUGGAAGUCGUCGGAGACGCUUUGUGCAGCAAUGCUGCUCUGCGUGUUUGAGCUCUUCGCCGGCACAGCGUCUUCUGAUGCGUGGCUGCGUCAUGCCAGAGGCCUGGGAACCUUGAUCAAGCAGCGCGGCCCGGCAGCUCAUGCUGAGGGGUGGGAUGCGUCCAUGCUACUUGCGUUCCGAGGCAUUCUGAUCAUGUGCGACAUGUUCAAUCAAACCAGCGAGCCAUGUUUUCUAUCACGGCCAGGGUGGAAGCCCCUUAUCCGCGAUGGCGGCAGACACCUCAUUCACCCGCCGCACUUGCCCAACCGCACGAUAGAAAUUGCCGACGGCUUCUUUGAACGGCUUGCCGAGCUGCCGGCCAUUGUGAUGCCGACGUACAGCCUCCGCCAAUCCAGAACCAUGGGCACCGUCCAGCAGCCGGAGCCGAAAAAGAUAGCUGCCCUGGCCCAGCGCGCCAUCAACUGCCGCAGAUUGUUCGAUUUGUGGUACCAAGACUUCAAGGCCCUGGCCGGCAUGCCCGAUGAGGUUCCUAGUCGGGACCAGACCUCGCCCUUUGCCACCGUCUUCCAACACCGGAUAGCUUGGAUGGGAUCGAUGCACAUGGGCUACUGGGCCAGCAUCUUGAUCUUCCAGGAGGCCCUGGCCCAGUGCCAGUGGCCUGGAGGCUACGAGGAGCCGCGAGAGGAGCUCGUAGGCAACAUUCUCCGCUCCGUCGAGUCCGUGGGCUCAGGCACCAUGGGCCCGCAUCGCGUGGGAUUCUCGGUCCGCGUAGCGUACGAGUUUGCGAGCUCGGAGCACAAACGCUGGAUCGUCGCCCUAUUGGACAGGUUCAAGGGCAUAUAUGCAGCAAUAGACGGCGCCACGUAUCAUCGCCCCAGCAAAGAUACUGAAGCUGGACAACCGUGCUGA